GGAAGGCAUAUGGGUAGUUUUAUGCAGGAGAAAAUUCCCUGUGCACUAUAAUACUAAGGGUGUGUUAUAUUGUAAUAAAAUGUACAAAUAGUUUCACCCCAGGGUACAAAUUAAGACUCCAGACUCUCAUUAUCCCAUGCUAAUUAAGAUCCUAUGAUAAACAUGUGACUAUGCUAAUGAAGGUCGUUAGAGAACAGGAAUCAUCAGCCCCCCUUUACAUAUUGUGGGGGAACCUUUUUACCAAAACAAAGGCACGGCCCAUAGUUCUUUGUUGUCAGUAGUUGAAGCAGAUCCAGGCUUGGGGGGAUCCAAAAUGGGAUAAAAAGGUGUGAGAAUGAGAGGUGAGUUAGUUUGGGGAAGAGACGUGUGGGUACAGGAGCUCUGCAGGCUAAUGAGGAGACUCUGCCCAAGGACAGAAAGAAGAAGGAGAUGCAGAACAUCCCAGACCACCAUAAGGCACCAAGCGGAUACAAGUAGUAGAAUCCAGGAAUUCCUCCAAUACCUUCAGUCCAACCAAGGAGCGGCUAAAGGGUGUAGGAGUGGGUAAAGCACCAGCACAUGUAGACCACGUGUUACUGAGGAACAGGACAAGGCUCUCUCAGAAAACCAAACAGCAGCAGAUCUUUUUGUGUGCAACUUUUUAGCGGAAUGAAAUAUGAACAGCAAGACGACAGCCUUACGGGGCAUCGGAAGGUUUUUAGAGAAGAGAAACCCUUGAUAUGUGAAGAAUGUGGCAAAAUAUUUCCUUUUAAGACAAAGCUCCUCACACAUCAGAGAAUUCACACCGGGGAGAAACCUUUCCAGUGUACAGAAUGUGGCAAAUGCUUCUCUCAGAAGGGCAGUCUCCAAGUACACGCAACUACUCACAGGGAUGAAAAACCAUUCACAUGCUCAGAAUGCGGCAAAGGCUUUUCUACAGGACAACAGCUAAGAAUUCACCAGAUAGCUCACACAGGGGAGAAACCCUUCACAUGCACAGAAUGUGGCAAAAGUUUUUUGCGCAAGCGCUAUCUCCAGACGCACCAGGCCAUUCAUACAGGAGUAAAGCCUUACACAUGUACGGAAUGUGGGAAAAGCUUUUCAGAAGAGGGUAGGCUUCGUAGACACCAGAGAACUCACACAGGGGAGAAACCAUAUCAAUGUACAGAAUGUGGCAAAUGCUUCCCUGAAAGGUCCAGCCUUGUGGUACAUGAGCGGGUGCACUCUGGCGCAAAGCCCUUCUCCUGUUCAGAAUGUGGCAAAGCUUUUUCUAUCAAAUCACAACUGGUGAUUCACUGGAAUUCUCACACUGACGCUAGGCCUUACUCCUGCUCAGUUUGUGACAAAGGUUUCCAUCAAAAAAGUCAUCUUCGGAGUCACCUGGCAGUUCACACGGGAGAGAAACGUUUCGCAUGUAGAGAAUGUGGCAAAGGCUUUAAUAACAAAAGCCACCUCCUGAGACAUGAGAGACUUCACACGGGGGAGAAACCCUUCACGUGUACAGAAUGCGGCAAGUGUUUCUCGGCGGAGAGCAACCUUCAAAGUCACCAUAAAACUCACACAGGGGAGAAACGUUUCAGAUGCACAGACUGUGGGGAGAAAUUCAUUAACAAAAAAACUCUUUUGAUUCAUCGAAGAGAUCACUUUGGAGAAAAACCCUUCACAUGUUCAGAAUGUGGGAAAAGCUUCCCAGAUGACAGCAGCCUUCAGACACACCAGAGCACUCACACGGAGGAGAAAGCUUUCAUCUGCACUGUAUGUGGCAAAGUCUUCACUAGUAACAGCAACCUCUUGAGACACCAGAGAAUUCACACUGGAGAGAAACCCUUCACAUGUUCACACUGUGGCAAAUGCUUUCCAGACAAGUGGAAACUCCAACGUCACCAUAAAACUCACAGCAACCCCAAGAAGUUAAACCUUUUAGAUGUAGAGAACGUGGAAAAUGUUUUUCUAGAGUUGCAAGCCGAUAUCAGGUCUCUCAGAAACCAAAUAGCAACAGAUCUUCUUGUCUGUCAGUUACAACAAGUCAGAAGACAAAAGAGGCCGAGGUGCAAUUUUAUUCACACAAUGGAAUCUGAGCAGCCAACCAACAGUCUUACAGGACAUCAGAAGGUUAUCAAAGAAGAACAAACUUUCCCUUAUGAAGAAUUUGACAAAGACUUCUCUUCAACUGUGAAUCUUCUUAUAAAUCCCACGGGGAAGAAAUCAUUUUCCUGUAAUGAGUGUGGCAAAGGAUUUUCUACAAAGAAGAAGCUCAAAAUUCAUUGGAGAAUUCACACAGGGGAGAAACCCUUCACAUGCACAGAAUGUGGCAAAGGAUUUUCUAUACAGAAGAACCUCAAAAUUCACCAGAGAGUUCACACAGGAGAGAAACCCUUCACAUGCACAGAAUGUGGCAAAGGAUUUUCUAUACAGAAGAACCUCAAAAUUCACCAGAGAGUUCACACAGGAGAGAAACCCUUCACAUGCACAGAAUGUGGCAAAGGAUUUUCUACAAAACAUCUUUUCCAAAUACACCAAAUAGUUCACACGGGGGUGAAACCCUUCACAUGCACAGAAUGUGGCAAAGGAUUUUCUACAAAACAUCUUCUCCAAAUACACCAAAUAGUUCACACGGGGGUGAAACCCUUCACAUGCACAGAAUGUGGCAAAGGCUUUUCUACAAAGUAUUAUCUCCGAUUACACCAAAUAGUUCACACGGGGGUGAAACCUUUCACAUGCACAGAAUGUGGCAAAUGCUUUUCUAGAAAAGAUCUUCUCAAAAUUCACCAAACAGUUCACACAGGGGUAAAACCCUUCACAUGCACAGAAUGUGGCAAAGGCUUUUCUAGAAAAGAUCUUCUCAAAAUUCACCAAAUAGUUCACACAGGGGUAAAACCCUUCACAUGCACAGAAUGUGGCAAAGGCUUUUCUAGAAAAGAUCUUCUCAAAAUUCACCAAACAGUUCACACAGGGGAGAAACCCUUCACAUGCACAGAAUGUGGAGAAGGGUUUCCUACAAAGAAAAAACUCAGAAUUCACCAAACAAUUCACACAAGAGAGAAACCCUUCAAAUGUACAGAAUGUGGCAAAGGAUUUUCAAUGAGUAGUAACUUCAAAAUUCACCAAAGAAUUCACACAGGAGAGAAACCCUUUGCAUGCACAGAAUGUGGCAAAGGAUUCUUUACAAACUUUAACCUCAAAAUUCACCAGACAGUUCACACAGGGGAGAAACCCUUUACAUGCACAGAAUGUGGAAAAGGGUUUUCUAUAAAGAGGAGCCUCAAAACUCACCUAACAGUUCACACAGGAGUGAAACCCUUCACAUGCACAGAAUGUGGCAAAGAAUUUACUACAAAGAGGAGCCUCAAAUCUCACCAGACCGUUCACACAGGAGAGAAAACCUUUACAUGCACAGAAUGUGGAAAAGGGUUUGCUAGAAAGAAAAACCUCAAUGUUCACCAUAGAGUUCAUACAGGAGAGAAACCCUACACAUGCACAGAAUGUGGCCAAGGAUUUUCUGAAAAGCAUCAUCUAACAGUACACCAAAGAAUUCACACUGGGGAGAAACCCUUCACAUGCACAGAAUGUGGCAAAGGAUUUUCUGUACAGAAGAACCUCAAAAUUCACCAGACAGUUCACACAGGAGAGAAACCCUUCACAUGCACAGAAUGUGGCAAAGGAUUUUUUAGAAACUUUGACCUCAAAAUUCACCAGACAGUUCACACAGGGGAGAAACCCUUCACAUGCACAGAAUGUGGCAAAGGAUUUCCUGCAAAGAAGAGCCUCAAAAGACACCGGACAGUUCACACAGGGGAGAAACCCUUCUCAUGCACAGAAUGUGGCAAACGGUUUUCUAGAAACUAUGAGCUCAAAAAUCACCAGACAGUUCACACAAGUGAAAAUCCUUCACACGUACAGAAUGCGGCAAAGGAUUUCAUCGUCUCAUAAUUCACCACACGACUCAUACAGGGGAGAAACCCUUCAUGUGUGCCCAAUGAAAGAACAUGGAAUCCUUUACAAUACUCAAGAGGCGGAAUUUAGAUAUGCCCCUUAAAAAACUAGAUUUCUUUAGAUUUAUUAAGCUCUGAAGCAACACAAACUCAAAUUCGAAAAUACUCCAGUCGGUUUCAUGUAAAAGUCGAUGGCAACCAUUUGAAGAUGUUUUUGGCUCUGGGAAUUUUCAAGGUUUCUCAAUCAAAAGUUUUCAAGUCAAAUUUUUAAUAAGCCACAUUUUUGUAUGUGAGUUUAGUAGAGUUUAUUCCUGUUUGAAAAUUAGAAUUUUUCAAAUUUUAGUAAAUAAAACUCCAGUUUUCGGUACCAAUAGAGUUUAUUGGUUCAAGGUUAAUUUCCAGGCAGAGAGUCAAGGGUAGGCAACAAUCAGCAUAGUCAGGAGCAAGGCAAGAGUUCCGAAUCCAAGAAUCAGUCAGGAGUAGAAUUAUAAAGCUCACAGGAACACUCAGGAGUACAAUCUAGAUUUGCUCAUUGAACUGGGUCCCGGGUUUGUUUUAAAAAUUUCCCAUCGAAAUGCGGAUCUAUUUGAUCUCUUUUCCAGGCAUAUUUACCAUUGGGUACGAAUUUUACUUUUGAUGUGACAUUUUUUGUAUGAUCUAGAACUAUGUGAUACUUGAUGUUUACUUCAAACAAAAAUGUUUCCUAUAUUUAUGUAAUAAUCUGUUACUGAGUAAUGUUUUGAGAUUGAGAAUUGUGCUAACAUUAGCAGAUUUAUUAAAAUUUAAAUUUUUUUAAAACUA